CCGACGCUCUGGGGCGCGCACGCGCGCUUCGGCGGGGGCGUGCGGGGUCCCGGGCCGCGACAGCCGCAACUCCCGCAACUCCCGCGCGGCCCCGUGCACACCUGUCACGCCCGGCGCAGCCCACGCAGCUCGGGAAGCGGCAGACCCAGGCCGCCGAGUCCCUCCCGCCCUGAGGCGCCGGGGGCUGGGCUGCGCUGGGGCUGCCGCGUGGGUGGCCGUGGCUGUGGCAGGCGGCUGUGCGCGGGGGUCGCAGGUGCAUCCCGGGAGGAGUGGUGGCCCGGGUGGCGCGUGCCUGGGAACGCUGAACCCUUAGUGGCAGACAUGCUGCUGCUCAAGAAACAGACCGAGGACAUCAGCAGCGUCUAUGAGAUCCGGGAGAAGCUUGGCUCGGGCGCCUUCUCUGAGGUGGUGCUAGCCCAGGAGCGGGGCUCCUCGCGCCUUGUUGCCCUCAAGUGCAUCCCCAAGAAGGCCCUUGGAGGCAAGGAGGCCCUGGUGGAGAACGAGAUUGCAGUGCUCCGGAGAGUCAGCCACCCCAACAUUGUGGCUCUGGAGGACGUUCACGAGAGCCCGUCCCACCUCUACCUGGCCAUGGAGCUGGUAACUGGGGGCGAGCUGUUUGACCGCAUCAUGGAGCGCGGGUCCUACACAGAGAAGGACGCCAGCCAUCUGGUGGGCCAAGUCCUUGGCGCUGUCUCCUACCUGCACAGCCUGGGCAUCGUGCACCGUGACCUCAAGCCUGAAAACCUUCUCUAUGCCACACCGUUCGAGGACUCCAAAAUCAUGGUCUCUGACUUUGGCCUCUCCAAAAUCCAGGCUGGCAACAUGCUAGGCACUGCCUGUGGGACACCAGGAUAUGUGGCCCCAGAGCUCUUGGAGCAGAAACCCUACGGGAAGGCCGUGGAUGUGUGGGCCCUGGGUGUCAUCUCCUACAUCCUGCUGUGUGGGUAUCCCCCCUUCUACGACGAGAGCGACCCCGAACUCUUCAGCCAGAUCCUGAGGGCCAGCUACGAGUUUGACUCACCCUUUUGGGAUGACAUCUCAGAAUCAGCCAAAGAUUUCAUCCGGCACCUUCUGGAGCGAGACCCCCAGAAGAGGUUCACCUGCCAGCAGGCCUUACAGCAUCUCUGGAUCUCUGGGGAUGCAGCCUUUGACAAGGACAUCCUGGGUUCAGUCAGUGAGCAGAUUCAAAAGAAUUUUGCCCGGACCCACUGGAAGCGAGCAUUUAAUGCCACCUCUUUCCUGCGUCAUAUCCGCAAGUUGGGGCAGAGCCCAGAGGGUGAGGAGGCCUCAGAGCGGAGAAUGGCUCACCACAGCCACCCCAAGUGGUGACGCCCAGGCGGAUGCCGAGGCCAAGUGAAUUGACCCCCAUGUUCCCUUCCCCUGGACUCUUCCAGUCCCCUAACCCCCACCCUGUCUGGUGUCCGCUGGAAAGUUUGAAAUGUGUGACUGUGGCGCACGGUGCUGAGGCAAGAGGGGGCAUAUCCUCCCUCUCAGCCCAGCCUCUGCCCUCACGAGGGGGUCAAUGGGGCAAGUCCACAGAGGCCCCUCUGCCCUGCUGCCUCCACAGCGCCUCUAGCAGCCUAGGAUGCUUCCAGGGGCUGUCUUCCUGCACGCCGUUCUGUGCUCCACUGACUGGAUGGUCCUGCUUGUCAUGGCCCUCCGGGCCCACUCCUGUUUACCCCAAAUCAAUAAAGACAGACAGAGCAAUGGGCCAGUGGCCAUGGCUCCAGAGCCCUGUCUUGCUGAACCCCAAGCCUCUCCUGUGCCCAUCAGGGGAAGACCUCUAGGGCCACUCCUCAGCCCCAGCCAGAGCAGAGGGGGCAGCACCAGAGUUCUAGUCCAGGGGACCUCAGGCAGUUAGUGCCAUGGCCAGACCUCAACAGCUUGGCCUCACCUCCAAAGACCUGUCCUGACUUCCAUGAACCCUGCACUUGGGGUCUCGCCAUCUCCUCUCCUGCCUCCUCAGAGGUCUUCACACUGGACUCCCACGAUGGCACCUUCUUGUUUUCUACAUCAAAUAUUGAUUGGCCCUCUACUCUGCCAGGCACUGGGCCCCCCAGAGAAGGGUGACUGCUCUCAUGGAAGAGGCCCUAUGGUAAGAGGGGGUGGGCUUACUUGGGUGACAGGAGUGAUCUUGGUGGGGAAAGAAGAGUGCUGGCUGCUCAGGAGCGCCAGUGCCAGCCUCCCAGAAGGAAUUGCACUCCUUGAGAUCAUUGCUGCAGUUGCCCCUUCCCCCGAGGGUGUAAUUUGGCCUCUGGCCAGCAGGUAGCGCCAUGGUCACAUCCUUCCACGUCCAUCAGCCACCCUUGUUCCUUCAGCCCCUGAGGCUGCUGCUCAAAACCAUUACUCUCCACCCACCCUCAAAAUCCUGCCCUUGGGACGCUCUCACGUCGGGGAGUGGUCCUUCCCUGCCCACCCAGGAUUGGGGAAAGGGGGGGGGCCCAGGUCAGGCAGGGGCAGCCCCCUUCCUUCAUCCCUCGGAGCCCUUCUCAUUGGAGGGGGCAGUUCGUGAGGGGAAAGCCUUGGGUCACCAUGGCUUGCGUGGCUGGGAGAGAGGAAGGGCUGGUUUCCGGAAGGGAGCGCUGGGCUAGAUGGAGAGGGAGCGCCCGGUGCUCAGGCGCUGAGGCCAGGGCCUGGGGAGGGGGAGUUGGACCUCAGUGUCUGAGUAACAGAAAGCCCCUGGAGGGGUUGCAGGUGCUGAGGUCAGGUGACUGCAAAACUUGGGGGCUGUGAGUGGGGCACAGGGUCCAGUGGACUGGCCUUCCCUGGUGUCAGGAAGCAGCCCAGAAUCUAGAGGCAUCUGUCCUCCUUGUUCUGGGGCCACCCUGGGGGUGGGGGGUGAUCCUGGGAGCCCUUCAGGAGCCAGUGGUGGGGAAUGAACGAGAGGGACCCUGGAGCAGCCCCUGUGUUUCUGGGUGGACUGUGGAACCAUUCGCCAAGCGGGGUUCGACAGGGGUGUGUUUGGGGGAGAGAAUGAAGAUUGGUUUUGAACUUCAAACAUGAGUUUGAGGUGCCUGAAGGGGCAAGGAGGUAGAUGAAGAGACUUGUAUUGCACCCUUCCCUCUGCAAAUGUGGACCCCUAGCUUCAUAGCUGAUCCAGAGAGUCAGCUCAGUGCAACUAUUGAGUGCUUACUGUGUGCCAGUCCCUGUUUGGAGAGCUUCACAGGCAUUAACUUUAAUGAGGUAGCUACUCUCCAUACCGUCAUUCCCACUUUACCUGAGGGGAAACUGGGGCAUAAGGAGGACAAAUAACCUCCCUGUGCUGAGACCCGACAGCCUUGGGCUUUACCCUCCUGCCUGCCUCUGUGCAGACAUGGGAGGUGUGCGUGGGGUCUGGGCUCUGCAAAGACACCUCGGGUUCAGUGUGAGAGAUGACCAGGAAGUGGGGCAGGGCUGGUGGUAGGGGCACACAUCUAGGGGCCACGUGGGGGGCAAGGCAAGAGAUGUGGAGAGCUGUGCGGAGGCAGCUGAGGUAGGGCCGGAAAGAUAGAGUCCUAUUUCCAUUCAUGGUGGACUGAAUGGGGGAAAGUGUGAGGGAGUUAAGGAUGCACCACCCUAACCCUAGGAGAGAAGCAGGCCUGUUUAGGAGACGAAAGGGCCCAACCAGGACCUGCCCCUGUCAGGACUCUAAGCUGAGUUCCUGCUGGCGCUCAGUUCCCAACUCAACCCCAGCUUUGUCCAGGCACCCCUGUCUCCAUCCCUGUCUCCUCAGGUGGGCAAGACACGAAGCACGGAGUGUUGGGGAAAUGACAAAUAACCUGCUUUCGUUGAUUGAGGGUAGUUGUGCGGAGUGGCCGGAGAUCAGCCUGUAAAGUGCACUUUCUCAAGAGGGUACUGCAUAGCCACUGGAGGGCUGUAGGCAGGACAGUGACAGGAUCAGAUUUUUGCUGCUAAGAGAAUUUUCAGUAUUUUUCAACCCUAUCUGGCCCUUCUUGAUAACUGUUAGGCCUCAUCUCCAUAACCCCUCCCAUGCCCCAUGGAGGGUUCAAUAGUGCCCCUCUCACCAGGGAGCCAACCAAGCCUGCCUCUCAUGAUGCCCUGAGGAGAGGCCUGAUUGCUUUUUCUCAUUUUAUCUUUGUAGUUCUUCCAACUAAUGCUUUAUGUAUUUUUAAGUUAGGUUAAGUGCAGAUGAGUUAGAAUUGCUGUGUAUUUCAGGUAAGUUGAGUAUUUGAUCAGAAUGUAGGGGCUACUUUUACCUCAUAGUUAACUUUGGUAGUGAAUAGCAGCUAUAACUUUCUUUUGGUUAAUAUUUGCCUGGUAUACCUUGUUCAAUACUUUUCCUUUCAAACUUAAAAUUCAUUUUGUAUUGAGGUAUAAUCCACAUACCAUGAAAUCCACCCUUUAAAAUGUACAAAGUUUUGGUUUUCAUUAUAUUCACAAAGGUGUGCAGCUGUCACCAUGAUCUAAUUCCAAAACAUUUUAUCAACACCUGAAAAACCCUGGACCCGUUAGUGGGUCUCUCCCCAUUUUCCCCAACAUCCUCCCACCUCAGCCCCUGGCAACUACUAAUCUACUUUCUGUCUUUGUGGAUUUGCCUGUUUCUGAUAUUUCACAGAGACGGAGCCAUACAAUAUGUGGCCCUUUGUGUCUGACUUUUUAUGCUAGCAUAAUAUUUUCAAAAUCCAUCUGUGUUGUAGCAUGCAUCAAUAUUUCAUUCAUUUUUAUAACUGAAUAAUAUUCUGUAUGGCUAGACCAUGUUUUGUUUAUCCACACAUUCAUUUAUGGUCAUUUUCAUUCUGUCCAAAGUAUUUUCUAAUUUCCCUUGUAGUUUUUUUCUUUGACCUGUGGGGUUUUUUUUAGAAGUUUUUUGUUCAAUUUCCAAAUAUUUGUGAAUUCCUAGAUUUCUUUCUUUUUUUGAUUUCUGAUUUAAUUCUGUUGUGGUCAGAGAUAUUUUGUAUUAUUUCAGUCAUUUUAGAUGUAUUUAAGCUUGUUGAAUGGCCUAGGGUAUGAUCUAUCCUGGAGACAGUUCCAAAUGUAUUUGAAAAGAGUGAAUAUUCUAUGGAUUUCAGCUAGGUCGAAUUUGUUGAAAGUGUUGUUUAAGUUUUCUGUAUCCUUGCUGAUCUUUUUUCUAUUUUUAUCAAUUAUUGAAAGUGGGGUAUUAAAAACUCCAACUAUCAUAGUUCAGUUUUCUCUUCUUUCAAUUCUGUCAGUUUUUGGUUCAUGUAUUUUGGGGCUGCGUUGAUAGAUGUACAUAUGUUAUAAUUGCUAUAUCUUCCUCCCUUUUAUCAUUACAAAAUGUCCCUUUUUAAA